UUGUGCCGUGCUUCAGACGAGCGCUGUGGAAAUAGCAUCAUAGUUUUAGACAACUACUCAACUGCCGAGGUCACUAGAGCUCUGUGGAAAUCCUCACGUACGGCGCUCGCGCAUACCUCCUGCCUCUAUCGAAACGAAGUGCAGCGAUUCUGCUCAUUUCGGGAGGUAGCGACCGUAAGAUACUUUGAACAACUUAAACGAAGAAGCAUUAAAUUCAGCAGUAGAACAAAUGUAAUUAAAAUUGUGUUAAGGAUAUUUUGCAAAAAAUAGACCGCGGUAAUAUUUUUGUUGGCAUUAGGGUAUCGGGGAAUACGGCAGAGUUUUGCAAGGACUGGGACUGUAAUUCAUUCCCAUCUGAGGGGAGUAAAUUUCCAGCAGUUUUAUGUUAAGCGACUGCAUGCACUGCGUUUAUUAAUAGCAUUUUGUUUAUAAACUGGUGCACGUUAAUAUGAACGUGCAGUGGACCAGUCCGGUGACAUUUGUACGCAAUGGGAGAAACAAAAGAAUUGACUCCGACGAGCCGGUGUCGAAGUGUCCGAGGUUGAGCGAGUCUUCGAGUGAUGCCGGUUACCUCAGUAGCUCACCCGGGUCGCCGGUGUGGGCGGCUCCCUUGAGCGGCACCCCAACUCACCAAGGUCCGUCCCGCAUCGGCCAAUUCCUGCUGAUACCAAUCGCGGACAGGGAUGGAGUUCAUAGUGCUUUAAAUGUACAUACCGGAGAGGAGUCUGUGUGCAAGGUGUUUGACAUGGUCCACUACCAGGAGAAGAUCAGGGCUCACAGCAUUCUCCCAGCACACAGGAACAUCUCUCACAUCAAAGACAUUGUCCUGGGGGAUCGGAAGGCUUACGUCUUCCUGGAAAAGGACUAUGGUGACAUGCACAUGUUCAUGAAGAGUUGCAAGAAGCUGGACGAGGAGCUGGCAUCCCGGCUCUUCUAUCAGGUGGCAUCUGCCGUGGCCCACUGCCACCAGAUGGACAUCGUCCUGGGUGACCUCAAACUCAGGAAGUUUGUCUUUUCUGAUGAGAAGAGGACACAGCUGAAGCUGGAAAGUCUGGAGGAUUGUCACGUGCUGGAGGGGGACAGCGACUCCAUGUCGGAUAAGCACGGUUGCCCUGCCUACGUCAGCCCCGAGAUCCUCAACAGCUCCGGCUCCUACUCCGGGAAGCAGGCGGACGUGUGGAGCCUGGGGGUCAUGCUCUACACCCUGCUGGUGGGCCGCUACCCUUUCCACGACUCGGACCCCAGCGCGCUCUUCUCCAAGAUCCGCCGGGGCCAGUUCUGCCUGCCGGACGCCCUCUCCCCCAAGGCCAGGUGCCUGAUCCGCAGCCUGCUACGGAAGGAGCCGUGGGAGAGGCUGACGGCUGCAGAGAUACUCAUCCACCCGUGGUUUCACCAUGCACAGGAAAGGGGAAGCGGAGAGCAGGAAGCUGGUGCCACUGACCAAACUGUGCCCACAUUCUGUCUGGAGAAUAAUGAAUCUCUGUUCUGCUGAAAAAGACCCAACCUCAUCAGCGUGGAUCGAAAGUUUCAGUGCUGUUUUUUUUAUCAUGUACUUUAAUGUUCUGUCUCAUAAGUACCAUACUGUCAAGCGUGGACACUGCGCAGCUGCGAGACGAUUUUCGAAGCUGUCCAGCUUAUUUUGUGGUUAACUUAAGGUCCAGUUUAUUGACAGGUUUGGGCAGGACGUGAACAUUUCUCCACAUAUUUUACAGGGAUUUCACAAAGCGCAACAUCCGCUUCCAAAAUGCACUCGGGUGCACAAGGUAGCCAGGACUUGCUAAAGUGGUAGCAAACCUCAGAGAACCUCAAGACCACAGUCUCCUGGAUAUGAAGCACAGCAAAGCGAAGAGGGAGGAAGGAGCAAAGCCACGCCCGUUUGAGACCACCGAGCGCUGUAUGGUGGGACAGAGGCUCCGGCCGGCGUCUGAAGGCCAUCGGGGCCCAUCCCACUUGGAGGCAGAAGGAGAUGGAGGGAAAGAGAAAGAGAAAGAGAGCACACGCACCCACGCACACAAGCUGUCCUAUAUCAGGGCCACCCAGGCGAAUGGCUGUCCUAUUUACUCAGACGAAACGGUCUUCAGUUUCUAGCGGUGGCCCAGAAUGCCUGUGGAGAGCAGCGGUGCCGUCUGUCAUUUCAAGCCCCUGACCUAUGAAGUAUCGAGUGGCUUCGGUUCACAGGGCAGCCAAGCCCCCGGUUCCAGUCUCGGCAGAGCCCAGGCCAGUAACGGAGACAGAGAGGGCUGAUCGCUGACAAAACUCAUCUUUGCAGCACCUACCCGCCAACCAACUACCGCGCUCCAUGUUACCCGAAGCCCCACAAGGACCUAUUUUUUGUCACUCUUCCUCUUAUUUAUUUCUCAUUUCCGCUUGUGUGCACAGUCAGGUGUCUUUUUGUUGACUUUGAAAAACUGAAAAUUAAAUCUGGGAGGUCGGUGCUAGACUGUUUCUUUGUGCGCAGUAAUCCUGUUUCAAAAUGUUUUGGGCAUAAUAUAAAAUCCAAAUUUUACGGAAUAGUUUGUUAAUAUAUACCAGAAUGUAAUGCAUGUAUUAGAAAGUUAUCCCACUUUCAUUAAUGCCAUUUUGUACAGAUAUUGCAGAAUAUGUUGUACAGUUAGUUAUUAGGCUACAUGAAAUAUACAUGAAAGCGGAAAAUGGCAAAAUGUACGUGUAUUGUCUCUAACAUAUGCACUUAUUUAAUGUGUAUGAAAAGGUAUUCCUUCUAUUUUGGAUUUUAUAUUUUGCCAUGAAAAUAUAUGUUACGCUUUCAUAAUGGCACAAACGACUUUGAAUGCCAUGAUCGUAUGGUUUUCAUAUGGGUUUCUUAUAAUAGCAACGAUGGUCUAUUGUAUCCCCCUACUCCACCUCCCACCUCCCAGACUGUUUCCUGUUUCCCAUAGCUUUGGCAUUAUGGCCCCCAUGGGCGGAGAUGGUGGCUCUCGUGUCUCGCCUUUGCACACCACACGUACGUAACGUACAGCACAUCCGGGGGCGCACAGCUCUCCUUGCACUGCAGCUUCCACAUUCACCCCCAGACCUGCUUUAUGUGACACAGUGCUUGGCAAGUAUGAGAAAAGUGGAACGUCGCAUUGUAAAACACUAAGUGUAAAUAUGUACAUUUUUUCAAACAGUAUAUGGUCAAAAUGAAUAAAGUAAUUUUUUUUCAUUUUCUUUUCAUUGACAAUAUCAUUUUAAUGGAAAGCGAUAUGCAUGA